UGCCGUUGAUCGGGCGGCUCUUGUUCGCUGCAGUGGUAAGGCUUACACUACCAAAGCUCUUAGUCGCGCUACCCUUCGGCUCGGCUCUCUGGAAGGGGGUGGUGGAGGUUUGUUCUUUCUCAGCUCCACCACCGGAGCCGUCGUGAUACGCGGUAUGUUCUUAAUCUGCGGUAUUUGCACUAGUCGUGUGGCGUCCGUGUCUCUUUGUUGGGGUGUGUGAGUGCACCAGCAUGUGUCACCUUUCCUCGGCCAGAACCACGGCGCAGAGUUCAGAAGGGUACCAACCAGCCACCGAGAUUCUCCAACUAUAAAUAGUCAGGAUCAAAGCUCCGAAAAGCAUUCCAGUUCAGUGUGUCAAAGUGUAACAAGCCACAGCAGCUUUCUUAAGUUUUCUUCUCACAAACAAACAGAAAACCCAAACCACAUCAAAAUGUACAAGUUCUUGGCUCUCCCUCUGUUCUUCGCCGCCGUCUCGGCCGGAUACCUCGGAGCUCCUCUGGCCUACAGCGCCCCAGCCUAUGCCCACGCCGCCUACGGACCAGCUCCAUUGGCCGCUGCCUACCACGCCCCUCUGGCCUACCACGCUCCAGUCGUGAAGAGCAUUGCUGCCCCAGUUGCCUACCAUGCUCCAGUCGUUAAGGCCGUCGCUCCUCUGGCCACCUCGUACGCCAACACCUACAAGGUCUCCGUCAAGGCUCCAGUCGCCUAUGCUGCUCCAGCUUACGCCGCCCAUGCUUACGCCGCCCCAGCCUACCAUGCCCCAGCCGUCGUUGCCGCCCCAGCCUACCAUGCUCCUCUGGCCUAUGCCCACGGAUACCUGCACUAAGUAGCUAGAGCAUCGCCCUCCCCCCCUGCAACACAACCACCUGCCCCAUAUACUCUGGUGGUUCCCCUCUAGUGAAGAGGGGACCAUCGCCACCCACCACAACCUCCCUUUUCAUCACAACAUGCCACCAACCUAGUGAGCGCAGUGGGCUUAAGACAGUGAAGCUCGCGAUCGUUCUUUGCAGCAAUAGCAUUCCUGUAUACGGUGCCACCUCCUCUCUCUGUUAAGUCAUCAUCGAAUAGCAGCGUGUGUGUGCGCGUGCGUCCGUGCGUGCGUGCGCCAGAACAAAAUGAGUCUAAUUGUGUACAUAUGAUGUAUAGUUUUUUCUGUAUUUAUUUGUGAAGAAAAGCAACAAAAAAAGAAGCUGAAAAUUAUACGGAUAUCGAUUUAAUUUUUAACACGAUUAAAAAUUAAAUUGAUUCUACAGUUGAA